AUUUAAAGAGCGCACAGCAGCCACUAACGAAACUGAGCUGAACAGGAGCGGUCUGUAAAGAGAGCAACAAACAGUCUGACCAGACUUUUUCAUCACUUGUUAAUAACCUACUCUACGUUCCUUCUAAGCAAGCAUGUCAUCUGCAAAAGGAGUUGCUAUUGGGAUUGACCUGGGCACCACUUACUCCUGUGUGGGGGUGUUUCAGCAUGGAAAAGUGGAGAUCAUCGCCAAUGACCAGGGAAACAGAACAACACCCAGCUACGUUGCCUUCACAGACACCGAGAGGCUCAUCGGAGACGCAGCUAAAAACCAGGUGGCCAUGAACCCCAACAACACCGUGUUUGACGCCAAGAGGCUGAUCGGCAGAAAGUUUGACGACCCAGUUGUUCAGUCCGACAUGAAGCACUGGUCCUUCCAAGUUGUCAGCGAUGGAGGAAAGCCUAAGGUGCAGGUUGAGUACAAAGGAGAAAACAAGACAUUCUACCCUGAAGAGAUCUCCUCCAUGGUCCUGGUGAAGAUGAAGGAGAUUGCUGAGGCUUAUCUGGGGCAGAAGGUGACAAAUGCAGUCAUCACAGUUCCUGCCUAUUUCAACGACUCCCAGAGGCAAGCGACUAAAGACGCUGGAGUAAUCGCUGGACUGAAUGUCCUGAGAAUCAUCAACGAGCCCACGGCUGCAGCCAUUGCCUACGGCCUUGACAAAGGCAAAUCUUCAGAGCGCAACGUCCUGAUCUUCGACCUGGGAGGAGGCACCUUUGACGUGUCCAUCCUGACCAUUGAAGAUGGCAUCUUUGAGGUGAAGGCCACGGCUGGAGACACACAUCUGGGUGGAGAGGACUUUGACAAUCGCAUGGUGAAUCACUUUGUUGAAGAAUUCAAGAGGAAGCACAAGAAGGACAUCAGUCAGAACAAGAGGGCCCUGAGGAGGCUGCGGACAGCAUGUGAGCGAGCCAAGAGGACUCUCUCUUCCAGCUCUCAGGCCAGCAUCGAGAUCGACUCGCUGUACGAGGGCAUCGACUUCUACACGUCCAUCACCAGAGCGCGCUUUGAAGAGAUGUGCUCAGACCUCUUCAGAGGAACACUUGAACCUGUGGAAAAAGCCCUGAGAGACGCCAAGAUGGACAAGUCUCAGAUCAAUGACAUUGUGUUGGUUGGAGGAUCAACAAGAAUCCCAAAGAUCCAGAAGCUUCUGCAGGAUUUCUUCAACGGCAGAGACUUGAACAAGAGCAUCAACCCAGACGAGGCAGUGGCUUACGGUGCUGCGGUUCAAGCCGCCAUCCUGACGGGAGACACAUCUGGAAACGUCCAGGACCUGCUGCUGCUGGACGUGGCUCCACUGUCCCUGGGCAUCGAGACAGCAGGAGGAGUCAUGACGGCCCUCAUCAAACGCAACACCACCAUCCCCACCAAACAGACCCAGACCUUCACCACCUACUCAGACAACCAGCCCGGCGUCCUGAUCCAAGUCUUUGAGGGAGAGAGGGCCAUGACCAAGGACAACAACCUGCUGGGUAAAUUUGAGCUGACAGGAAUCCCACCUGCUCCACGUGGAGUCCCGCAGAUCGAAGUGACCUUUGACAUCGACGCCAACGGAAUCCUAAAUGUGUCCGCGGUGGAUAAAAGCACUGGAAAAGAGAACAAGAUCACCAUCACCAACGACAAGGGCAGACUGAGUAAAGAGGACAUUGAGAGGAUGGUGCAGGACGCAGACAAGUACAAAGCUGAAGAUGAUCUGCAAAGAGAGAAGAUCGCUGCCAAAAACUCUCUGGAGUCUUACGCCUUCAACAUGAAGAACAGCGUGGAAGAUGAGAACCUGAAAGGAAAGAUCGGUGAGGACGACAAGAAGAAAGUUAUUGAGAAAUGUAACGAGGCCAUCAGCUGGCUAGAAAACAACCAGCUGGCUGAUAAAGAGGAGUACGAACAUCACCUGAAGGAGCUGGAGAAGGUCUGCAACCCGAUCAUCACUAAACUGUAUCAGGGAGGGAUGCCCGCUGGAGGCUGUGGAGCUCAGGCACGUGAAGCAUCAGGGGCCGGUGCUCAGGGGCCCACUAUCGAGGAGGUGGAUUAAAAUGCCUCAGGAAUGGAAUGGUCCAGGGACUCAUAAGACACUUUUUUUAUUCAAUCAUUACACAUUAUACUAGUUUACUCCAUUUUGCUACCGUUAAACUUGACAUUACUUAGUAAAUGUUUUAACUUAUAAAAUAAGUUUGAUAUUGUCUGAGAUGAGAUUUUAAAUUAUUUAUCAUUCAUGUUUUUACUGCGAUUAUUACGAAUGUUAUGAAACUGUAAAUAAAACUUUAUAUUUUAAA